AGAAUGUUUAUAUAGAUGAGUGAAGGCAGCCAGGCCGCUACUUUCAACUUCUUUCACUCGUCUGGAAGUUAUUCACUGCCACAAUGAGUAAAAAGGAUGCUGAAGCGACGGAGAAGAUAAAGAGGUACCUUGAGCAGCAGAACCGACCAUACAGUGUGACUGACAUCUUCAUGAACCUGCACAAGGAGGUGGGCAAGACGGCCGUCCAGAAGUGCCUCGACCACCUCGUUCUUAAUGGGUCAGUUAAAGAAAAGACGUAUGGCAAACAGAAGGUUUAUGUCUUCGAUCAGGGCCAGUUCCCACCACUGGAUGAAGAGAAACUCAAAAAGAUGGAUAACCAGGUGGUUGAACUGAAUAAAGGAAUCAAGGACACCGAGAAAGAGUAUGCAGAGGUAGAGGCCAAAUUGAGGAAUUUGAACUCUACUCUCACUACAGUGGAAGCCAUGAAAAAAGCAUCAGAGCUUGAGGAAGAAGUGUCACAACUCCAGUUGAAGCUGUCUAGUCUGCAGGAGAAUCAAGUGCUUGUAUCAAAAGAGGAAAAAGAUCAGGUCACUAAAGUGAGUGAACAGAUGAUUAAAGAGUGGCGAAAGAGAAAGAGAAUGGCACUUGAUGUACUGGAUGCAAUCAUGGAAGGUUACCCUCACCCAAAGAAACAGCUCUAUGAGGAGAUUGGUAUUGAAACUGAUGAAGAUGUUGGAGUAGUGAUGCCAAAGACAUGAGGGCUACCUACCUACCUGGAGGGUGUUCCAGGGGUCAAUGCCCCUAUGGCCCAGUCAUUGACCUGGGCGAAAGCAAUACCCAAAAUAAGUGUGAAUACUGUAUAUACAGUAAAUUGAUAUUCAUAUUUUUCUUUCUGCAUUAUAGUAUGUUGUAUAACAGUGGCAUUCUAGGAAUAACUAUAGUAUUUUUUGUACAUUUCCUACAAUAAUAUAUUUUUAUCCAUAGAACUCUUAACUUUCUUGACAUUUGUAACAAAAAGGUUUUUCAUCUGUCUUUAUCUAGAAUUUAUAUAAUCAUAUAAAAUUGCCUUUCAGUGAGUUUUGUAUAGGUAUGUGCAUUUUCAAGUUAGGUUUGGGAGUAUGUACCCGAUAUGAGAAAGGGAGUUUGACGUUGUCUGGAAUCUUACUGCUCAUUCCAUGUAACCUUUCCUUGGAGCAUGUCACACCAUGUUAGUGAGGGAUAGGUGGACUGAAUUCGUAACCUAAUACUAUUAUUCAUGUGUGUACUUAUAAAUUACUAUGAUUCACUAGAUUUUUUAUCCACUUUGAUCCUCAAAGAGACUGCUUUUAUAUUUAUAUAAUUAAUAUUUCCAAGUAGUUCACAGCAUAUUUUGCAUUAAGAAUAAGUUACAUCAUUAAAGCCAACAAUCGA